ACUUUGAAAUGAAAGCGCGUCUCUGGUAAAGAGGCGGGGCGGCCCCCGCGCUCGAUGAUCCUUCUCGCCUGAGUCAUCUGACUCAUCUCCCUUUCCUUUUUCUCUCCCAUUUCGGGGUCGAUUUUUUAUUGCCUUCAUCUGGCUGCGGUUCCUCUUCUUUGUUCACCUGCUCCCCAACCGAUUUCCUGAUCUCUCCUUCCCUGUUCUCUGAUUCCAUCUGACACAGACAUAACUACCGAGAGAGAGAGAGAGAGAGAGAGAGAGAGAGAGAGAGAGAGAGAGAGAGAGAGAGAAUGGUGAAGGAAAUGGAGUACUACGACGUCUUGGGCAUCAGUCCCACAGCCACAGAUUCAGAAAUUAAGAAGGCUUAUUAUAUCAAGGCUAGGCAGGUCCAUCCAGACAAAAAUCCAAAUGAUCCUCUUGCAGCACAGAAAUUCCAGGUUCUGGGAGAGGCUUACCAGGUUCUUAGUGACCCAGCACAACGAGCUGCAUAUGAUGCCUAUGGAAAGUCUGGAGUUUCAACAGAUGCUAUCAUUGAUCCUGCAGCAAUCUUUGCUAUGCUGUUUGGGAGUGAGCUUUUUGAAGAUUACAUAGGACAACUUGCAAUGGCUUCCAUGGCUUCACUUGAUAUUUACACAGAAAGUGAACCAGUGGAUCCCAAAAAAUUGCACGAGAAGAUGCGGAUUGUGCAGAAAGAGAGAGAAGAAAAGCUUGCACGGGCAUUAGUAAAUAGGCUCGAACAAUAUGUAACGGGGGACCAUGAUGGAUUUAUUAAUUAUGCCAAAGAUGAAGCUUCAAGGCUCUCACAAGCAGCCUAUGGAGUUGAUAUGUUGAACACCAUCGGCUACAUAUAUGUAAGACAGGCUGCAAAAGAGCUAGGGAAGAAGGUAAAAUAUCUUGGGGUGCCAUUCAUUGCUGAGUGGUUUAGAAAUAAAGGCCAUUUCAUCAAAUCUCAAGUGACAGCUGCAACAGGUGCAAUUGCAUUGAUUCAGUUGCAAGAGGACAUGAAGCGUCAGUUAAAUGCAGAGGGAAGCUAUACAGAAGAAGAGCUCGAAGAAUACUUGCAGACACACAAAAAAGUUAUGAUAGAUUCGUUAUGGAAGCUCAAUGUCGCCGACAUAGAAGCGACGCUUGCUCGUGUCUGUCAAAUGGUACUUCAGGAUUCUCUUGUUAAGAAAGAGGAUCUCCGAGAUCGUGCUAGGGGUUUGAAAGCUCUUGGAAAAGUUUUUCAGUCUGUAAAAUUGGCCAAUGGCAAGGAAUCUGAACCUUUGUUCAGCCUUGAGCCAAACAAUGAUGUAAGUUCUCCUGAUACAUCACCUAAGACUCCAUACUCAGAGCAUCCACCUUAUACAACUGCUUCAGCCUCCUCCCAGAGCUCCUACGUGAGAAGCCCGCAUGCUUUUGAUUCACAAAAUAGCUUUACAAAUUUCCCAAUACCAACUGCACCCCCUGGUGUAGAAAGGCAGCCAUUCUGAACGAGGGAGCGAGGAGUCUUUUUCCCCGCCAUUUCUCACUGUACAUUUUGCCUUCUUUCUGUGUAAGUUCCCCGGUAGGUUGGGGGAUUAGGUUUUAAGAGAUUAUGUGGUUGGUAGACAGGUAUAAAUCAAUUUCUAUGGCUUUGUGGCCCUGCAUGUAUCUACUUGUUUGUUAACAUGAGUGAGGGGAGGAGGGUCUCUGGCUUCAUCUGGUGUAACUUCCAAUUUCACUUUCUUGUGUGAAUUGUAUCAGUUGCAUGUUUUAUAGAAGUCACCAUUUCUCUC